AUGGCGCUGUGGUAUGCGCUAGGAAUUGCUUUCUUUGCCGCUAUCGGCACGUUUCUAUUUGGCUUCGAUACAGGUAUCGCGACAACAACUAUCGCUCAUCAAAGCUGGAUCGACUAUAUGGGCCAUCCCUCGGAAGGACUAACGGGUGCUGUUGUUUCCGUCUAUAUUGCCGGCGAGGCAGUCGGCGCUCUCACCCAGACCUUCAUCGGCGACAGGCUCGGACGAGUGCGAUUCAUGCAGCUGAUGUGUGUGGUCGUGACAAUCGGCACUGUGAUCCAGACCGCGGCAGUGAAUAUUGGAAUGUUCCUCGCAGGCCGAGUGUUGGCCGGCUAUUCUGUAGGUGGAAUGGUCGCAACAGUCCCCAUCUAUCUCAGCGAAAUCUCCGACCCCCGCUACCGCGGCCUGAUCGGCGGUAUCUCGGGCUGCGGCAUCGCCUUCGGGACCAUGAUGUCCAACUGGGUCGGAUACGCCUGCAGCUAUGCGCCCUACGGACCAGUACAAUGGCGGCUCCCGCUGGGGAUCCAGAUUCCCUGGGGUAUUGUAAUGUUCAUCGGACUGGCGACAUUCAUGCCCAACUCGCCACGCCAGUUGAUUCGUAGCGGCAAGAAUGAGCUUGCGCGCAGCGAGUUUGCAAGGAUUCGGCGCGGGAUCGAGUCAAAUGAACUCCAGGAGGAGUUUGCGCUCAUGAAGGCACAGAUUGACUAUGAGAUGGAGAGGGAGCUUACUUCGUAUCGGGAGAUCUUUCAGACGUAUAGGCAUCGGGUGCUUGCGUCGAUUGCUGUACAGACCAUGACGGCUUUAACGGGCGUCAAUGUCAUUCAGUACUAUCAAACUAUACUCUACGAAUCACUCGGCAUCGGCUCCCACACCAUCCUAGCUCUGGCAGCCGUCUACGGUACCAUAGCCUUCGUCUUCAACUCCAUCACCACGAUGUUCCUGACUGAUCAGUGGGGCCGUCGAAAAAUGCUUAUUUCCGGACUGGGGGCAAUUGUACUCGUCGAGAUCUACGCAGCCGUCAUGCAGAGAGAAUUCCAAUAUACCAACAACCGAGUCGGAAAGGGAUUUGCCAUCCUGGGGAUUUACUUAUUUGACGUUGCUUACUAUGGCCUCCUCAAUAGCACGACAUGGCUGUACGGUGCGGAAGUCUUGCCUAUUGCAUUGCGCAGCAAGGUGAUGGGUCUGGCGGCUGCAUCGCACUUUAUCGUUAAUGUCGCAAUCACCGAAGCCGGUCCCAGCGCAUUUGCCAAUAUCAAGGAGAAUUACUACUACGUAUUCGUGGCAUGUACGGUCUUCUUUUUCGUCGUGGCAUACUUGUGGUUCCCGGAAACGAAGCAUAAGACUCUCGAAGAAAUUGCGGCCGCUUUUGGCGACAGGGUGGUACUCGCGGACGAUGUCUCGAAGGGUCCUAUGGCCAAGGAUGAAGCGAGCGCAGACCAUGUGGAAAGCUCAGAGCCUCGGGCGGAGGUUAUUGAUGCCUGA